AUGGUUUCUGAGUCAAGGGGGAGGAGUUCAUAUAGAGAGCUCAGGAAUAACAAGAACAUGAGCAGGAGCAAAUCUAACAAAUUUGCUAACUUGGAGUGCCAUUAUUGUCAUAACAAAGAUCACAUGAAGAAGGAUUGCUGGAAGUUGAAAAAGGACAGCAAACUUGGGAAAAAACAAGAAGAUGGGGAAGAUCGGGUGACUGUCACCGAGGAUCAGUUUCUUAUUAUUCUUGAGAGUGAUGCCAUUAAUAUUGCAUGCCAUGACACCAGUUGGGUUGUUGAUAGUGGAGCUACUACUCAUGCUACAUCACAGCGGGAUUUUUUCACUACCUAUACUCCAGGUAGUUAUGGUUCUGUGAAGAUGGGUAAUGAUGCAGUGGCCAAGGUUGCUGGCAUUGGUGAUAUUUGCUUGGAGACUAGUGUUGGUACUAGAGUUUUGCUUAAGGGAGUUAAGCAUGUCCCAGAUAUUCGGUUGAACUUGAUCUCUACAGGGAAACUUGAUGAUGAGGGUUUCAAUAGUCUAUUUGGAGGAGGUAAAUGGAAACUCACAAGGGGUUCCAUGGUUAUGGCUCGAGGUGAUAAGCAUUCGUCUUUCUAUUGGAUGCAUGCGAAGGUCUCCAAAGAUAUUGUUAAUGCUGUGGAGAAUGAUGAUGCCAUAGAGUUGUGGCAUAAGAGACUAUUAUUGAGAAGGGAUUGUCUGUGUUGUUAA